UGCCCCCCACCCUCAUAUUCCACCCAUGUGACCGCCGCGGGCGUCAUGUGACUAUUAACCCCCCCGGCAGCCCCGCGAUGCCCCGCCCUUCUCGCGUGCCCCGGGGGGCGGGGCCUGGUGACGUCUCCCCGGAGGGGCGGAGCGGGCUCGUGCGGCGGCGGGAGAGGGAGUGCGCGCCAUGGGGGCGGUGGAGCCCGACCUCUACCGGGACACGUGGGUCCGGUACCUGGGUUAUGCCAACGAGGUGGGUGAAUCCUUCCGCCCGCUGGUGCCGGUGCCCGUGGUGUGGGCCAGCUAUGGUGUGGCCACCGCGUACGUGACCGCCGAUGCCAUUGACAAGGGCCGCAGAGCUGCCGCUGCGCACGUGCAGGACCCAGCGCAGGCCACGCGGGUCGGGGUGGCCGUGGUGGACACAUUCAUCUGGCAGAGCCUGGCCUCAGUGGCCAUCCCUGGCUUCACCAUCAACCGGCUCUGUGCCGCCUCGCUGGCCCUGCUGGGCACCCUUACCCGCUGGCCGCUGCCCCUGCGCCGCUGGGCCACCACCGCCCUGGGGCUGGCCACCAUCCCCGUCAUCAUCACCCCUAUCGACAGGGAGCACCCCAGCUGUCACAUCAGAACCAGUUAACCGAGGACAUCCCCCGCUGCUCCACUUCCCUUCUCCUGCCGUAGGACUGUGGACUUCCUGAUGGACUCCAGCCUCCGCAAGCUUUAUGGGGCACCAGGAGAGCCCCCGGCCCCGCACUGAGCCCCCCCCGGGGACAUUGAACCUGAUCUUGGGGUGCUGAGACCCACAACUGUGAACCCCC